AGAGGAGAGAGUGAGAAUAGGAUCACUUUUCUCUUGGAUAUUUAUAAUUGGCGACUCCAACUAUAAUGUGCCUCUGGCAGUCACCGGGGAGCGUUCGCUUUAGACAUAGAAGAUCCACGUAAUCGGGGAAACAAUGCAAGAUUACAGCGAAAAGUUGCAAGAGGUGACCAAUGAGCAGUUGGGCAGGCACUUGGUGGUCAGCGAGCGAGUUGAGGCGGGCGAAACGUUGCUGGACGAGCAGCCCUUGAUGGUGGCGCCUCAUUGGGAAUGCGGCCAGCUAAAGUGCGCCCAAUGCAUGCAGGAAUCGUACAUCAUUUGCCGCAAGUGUCAGGUGUAUCCGCUGUGCAUGGACUGCAGUGAUCACGAUGCCUUUGAGUGCGACUUCUUCGCUAGCGGCGCCGGCAGUCGGAUCAGCAAGGAUCUGCUGGUCAAGCACUACAGCAUUUGUGCGCUGCUCAAGUUGCUGCUGCUGCUCGAGGAUCCAGCGCGACGAGACCAAUGCCAGCCGCUGGUGAAUCGACCCAUCACGCUGGAGGAUUACCGUGACAAGGAUGGCAUGUGGCAAGAGCACGAGGAGCAGGUUGUGCGUCCCAUAAUCAGCAGUGGCUUGGUGGAAGCCUUGCCUGAACAGCAUCUGACGUCGGACAUCUUGCAUGCGCACUGCAUCCGCAUCGACAGCAACGCCUUCGAGGUGACGGCACGCGAUGGCGACAUGUUGAAGGGCGUGUAUGUCUGCGGCGCCAGUCUGCCGCACCAUUGUGUGCCCAACACUGUGGUGUCCCUCGACGAGCAAUUCAACAUGAAGCUGUAUGCUGCAGUGCCGCUAGAGACGGGCACCGUUGUGCACACAUCCUACACGAAUCCUUUGAUGGGGACUAGUCAGCGGCAGCAUCAGUUGCGUCUCACCAGGCACAUGGAUUGCGCCUGCUCGCGUUGCUUGGAUCCAACUGAACUGAACACGCACAUGAGCAGCAUGAAGUGCAGGGAUUGCUCCGAUGGUUACGCUGUCUGUGAGUUGGCUGGCAGCGGCGAUUGGCGCUGCAUGAGCGCGACUUGUGGAGCAGUGAUGCCUGCUGGGGAUGUGCAUGAGCUGCUCGGCGAGGUAGGCAGUGCUCUGGUCAAUGCCAAGGGCGAGCUGGAGGCUUAUGAGUCGUUGCUGGCCCAGCACAAGCAACUGUUCCAUCCCAAUCAUUUUCUACUGCUGGACAUUAAGCAGAAUAUCGCCAGCAUUUUGCGUGCGGCGACUUUGAUGAAUUCCCUGAAUGAUCCUUGCAAGAAAUUGAUGCAACGACGCGUCGAACUAUGCGCAGAUCUGCUGCCAGUUUGUCGCGCUGUUGUGCCUGGCAUCUCCAAGUUGUAUGCCAUAGCGCUAUUCGAGUACCUGGUGGCCUUUGUGGAGCUAACUGAGCUGCAGUUUGCCGAUGCCGAUGUCAGCAAGAAGGAGUAUGUGGCGCUGUUGAUGCGAGCACGAGAGGUGGCCAAGGAGGCCCUGGAGCUGCUGCAGUUCGAGCCGGAAAACUCCGCAGAGGGAUUUUUGACCGAACGCAUUGGAAUGGAGCUGGAGCGCAUCGAGUCGGAUCUGAUGAAAUACGGCAAACUGUAAUGAUUGCAAAUAAAAGAGAAUUAAUU